GUCCUACUGUGGCUCCCUGCGGACUUUCGUAUGACUUCUCGACCUAGCCAUUACAAUCAUUAUUUACCUAUUUUCCCAGAAAUGAGUUUCAUAUAUCUGCUAGCUAAUCAAUUUAUCCUUUUUCUGAGCUGCGUUCAAAAUACUUGGUUUUUGGCCCUACAUCGAUUUCCACUUGUCCAACUACCAAAUCACCGCCUCUCCUCUCUAACCCCUGUAACAGUCGAACAUGUCCGUGCACGAUUCGAUUAUCAACCGAAACAGUCAGACGAAUUGGAAUUGCGCGUGGACGACCUGAUCCAGAUCCUCGAUCGCAAUCUACCCGAUGAAGGUUGGUGGAAGGGGAAAAAUUUGACCACGAAAAAAAUCGGUGUGUUUCCGGAUAAUUUUGUUGUCCCGGUCGCCGAAACCGAAGGGGAUGUGGUGGAUCGAGCCCAAGUACGUUUUCCAUCGUUGUAUCGUUGUAUCGUAACCAAAUGGGGUUGGACGAAAACGGAUCGGACGGUAACUGAUACAUGUUGCUAUGUUUGA